AUGAGCAGCAUUUAUUCAUAUUAUCCUCACGAAUAGAAAGAGAGUUACAUUGAGAAGAAAGCGAGGAGUGCUACGUGUACAUGGCAUACCUCAUAUAACACGGACCAGCGACCAUGUAGAGCCAGCCGCUUAAACUCACUUCAGUUAUAUAAACGAUAUACAUGCGUAGACGACACCGAAGUGGAGGAAGAAUCAUGUUGCGGGGGAAACCAGCGCUGGUGGUUCUGGCACUGCUCCUGCUAGUUGGGACAUUGGUUGCAUAUUACUCCUGGAAUCGGGGUUCGUCUGUCACCUCCAGCUCCAACGCUAGGUUUGAGAAGUACCGUCAAGUAAGUGGUUUCAAACAAAGAAACAUGCCGAAGAAAUACAAGGCUCAAGUCGGCCCUCAGAUGCAGGACCCUCCCAGCAUCGAGAACCGGAGGUUCAAGGACAAGAACAAGUUUGGCGGGGUGGAGAAGAUGAAGCCGCUGGAACCCCCGGGACAGUUUGGAUCUCGGGAGGAACUUGAAAAAGGAAUGGAUGAGGAUUACAAAUUCAGAGAAGAUACUGAUGGUGAGGGUAAAGAAUAUUUUAAGGACAAAGAUGAUGGUAAGGAUGAUCCAAGAAGAGACUUCAAGAUAAAAGAUGAUGUGAAAGAUGAUCCCAGGAGCAAUUUCCAAGACUUCAGUGAGAAGAAAAUGCCAGGUGGUAUUCUGUAUCCACAGUUGUAUGUCAAGCCUGAUGAUGCCAUGAUUGAACGCUUUAGAAAGAUGGAACACAUGGUACAUAUCGACCUGAAAGGUGCUCCUCCCAAGAUUGACUAUCUUAUUAGUCUUUUCCCUCUAAUGGCUAAGCUUGGGGCUACUGGAUUGUUGUUGGAAUAUGAAGAUAUGUUUCCCUUUAAUAAUGAUCUACAAAUCCUUGCUGCGAAUAAUGCUUACAAUAGGGAUGACAUUAGCCGUCUGCUCAAAGCUGCCAAGAUCAAUAAUCUCAAAGUCAUCCCACUUGUUCAGACAUUUGGUCAUAUGGAAUUUGUUCUCAAGUAUCCCAAGUAUCAAAACUUACGAGAAACAGCAGACACUCCACAAGUGAUCAGUCCUGUUCUAAAUGGGUCGUAUGAGCUCAUCAAUAAGAUAAUCGAGCAGGUGAUGUCCCUCCAUCAAGAUUCUCCCUAUCUGCACAUAGGCUGUGAUGAGGUUUAUGAACUGGGGAAAGGCUUGACAGCAGAUUUCAUGAAGAAAAACAACCUCACCAAGUACCAGUUGUUCCUGAAGCAUGUCAAGAAGGUGGCAAAGUUUGUCAAAACCAAGUUCCCCGCCACCAAAGUUAUGAUGUGGGAUGAUGAAUUACGACGGAUGCCAGACCAGAUGAUUGCGGGAUCUGGCUUGGGAAGCAUGGUGGAGUUGAUGGUGUGGAGCUAUACUCCACAUCCCAAAGACAGAUUCCCCAAGGAUAUGUGGACCAAAUAUGGCAAGCACUUCUCUGGAGUCUGGGCAGCCUCUUCCUUCAAGGGAGCCACUGGGAGCGCCCAGUUCUUCACUAAUGUCUCCUAUCAUCUGGAGAACCACCUCAACUGGAUUCAGCUUGUGAAGGAAAUCAAGGACAUUCUGCCCUUGGAGAAAUUCCGAGGAUUUGCAAUGACCGGAUGGCAGAGGUAUGACCACUUUGCCGCUUUGUGUGAACUGUUACCAUCAUCUGUUCCUUCAAUGGCUGUCAACUUAAUGGCCAUUAAAAAUGGUGGGUUCACAGCAGACAUCCACAAUGUCACCAGCAGGAUUCUCAAGUGUAGUCGACUGAUUGAGCUUGAUUUUCCAAAGAAAGUGAAUAAUUCUUACAUCAUAACUCAAGACUGCAAUUUCCCUGGAAGUACCUUCUACUUUGCUGUGCAGCAAUUGUGGGGAGACAUGGACAGAUAUCUCAGUGAUGCUGGCCUUCAGUCGAGAAUUGAGGGCUGGAUGACUAACUACCAUGUGAAGAAUGGUUUCUCAAGCCCAGGGCAGAUGAAAGUUUUGAAGAAGAAGUUAGUGAAGAUUUUGGACAAGCUGAAAGGGCUAAAGCAGCCUGUACAGAACUCUUUGUCGAACAUCUUUGGCCAGGAUACAAUUAAUGAAUGGGUUGAGGUGCACCUGACUCAGAGGAUUGAUGAUUUGCAGGACAAAUUGAACAAGGCAAACAUUCUGCUACAAAGCAAAGUGUGGAAUAAACGACCUCUAGCUGGUGCAUCUUCAGGAAAGCCAUUGAUGCCAGGUUUUACUCAGGGUUUAAGGCAGCAGCAACCACAACAGCAACAGCAGCAGGGUUUUCAGAGAAGUCCCUAUAACAAUGUGCCGAAUAAUGGACGGUUUGGCAAUGAUCAGGAGUACAGACAGGGACAGUCAAAUGGUCUGCAGGGCAACCAGAAUGGUGCUGGAAACCAGCGUCAGUCACAAGACCAAAGAUUACAACAAAUGCAAAAUUUUGGACAACCUUUGAAUGUCAAUGUGCGGAAUGGACGACCAAACAACCAAAAUGGGGCACAACAAACAAUUGAUCAACGCCCUCAAGGCAAUAACAUAAAUAUUCCUUCAAACCAAAAUCAGAAACCUUUUGGGCAGAAUGCUUUCCGCCAAUCUAACCUCCCGCUCGGGGAGCAGAAUGUUCGAACAGUGAAGGAGCAGAUAAAGUACAAAAAUGAAGACAGGUUUGGCAAAGCAGGAAACAAUACAUUCCAGCAAUAUAAUGCUCAGUCUGGAGUCAGUCCAAAAGGACCACCUGCUGCUCCUCUUGGGAGAGAGAAACCUCUGGCCAAUUUCUUCCUUCAAAGAGGUGGGGAAAGAAACGACCCUUUGAAGAGAGGUGAUUUAGGCAAAGGGGAACAGCAGUUUCAGAACAAGGUUGAUCAGAUGGACAGAAGUAGGAAGGAUGGAUUGGAUGAUACAAGGAGACAGAACGGUGUCGGUGGGAGUGUGUCUGUCCGGGAUGAGGACAAGCUGAUUGACAGUGGAAGGUCAAAGCUUGGGGUGGGCCAGGGGAAAAGAGAGUUUGAUGAGAAGGGGGUAGAUUAUAAUGAUGGAGAUGAAGAUGCUGGCCAGAAGUCACUUCGUCGAGGAUGGAGGUCAAAGUGACCUGGAUAUGUGCGCUGAGUGAAUAUGUACAAUCUCAUGUUUUAAAAGGAGUCCUUCAAGGAAAGAUAGAAGUUGAUUGUCUUUUAGGAAUAUAUGGCAGUAUGCAUUAUAUACAUUGAUGUUGGGUUUGUACGAAGAUAGAAUUUGAUUCAAAUGAAUUGCUGGUCACUGAUGUUAUGUUUCAACAGAUGGGAUUUGUAAUUUUUUGUGCCAUCUUCAGCACAUGGCACAUGAUGGUCAUAGCAUAUGUGGACAUUUUGGUAUAUUUCGAAAUACCGCUAUAGUUGUGACUCUGGUAGGACUAUAAGACUGUGACACAGUAAACUGUUUGUAUUCAAGUUAAGGUACAAGGAUGCUGAUCAUGGUAAUUCAAGUGAUUUCGUUACAUACAACACUUAUAUAUGAUUAGAAUUAAUUUGUGUCAAGUGAUAAUGUUUUAACAAGGCUUCUAUAAAAAGAAAAGGCAAAUUACAUAUAACAUGUUUAUGAAAAUGUAAAUAUGUUUUUCAUGUUGUCUAUGGUCAAAAAGAGUUUUAUAUCUCUGAUGCAAAACCUUGGAUACUUUUUGCAUACAAGGUUAUCAUGUCUACACUUCAUCAAAACGCAGCAAAGUGUUGGAAGAACAUACCAUAAGCAAUAUAUCACGAAUCAGCAAAUUAAUCAUCAACAUAUUUGCAAGGUUGGAACAAAACUCAAAAGCUUUACUAGACGGAGUAAUGAUAAAAUACCCUUGUAUUGUUACAAAAAUGGAGAAAUUUGUACUAGCCGUAGGAAUUUAAGUUCUAACCCUGUAUUUGCCAGGGCUACAUACAUGCAGCAAACUAUAUACCAAACUCAAAGGGACCCCCAAUUUUGGUGUACAUUGUGAAGGGGAAUGGUUCCUGGUUUCAUAAAGGUGUGUGUAUGUCAUGGAUAAUCCAGUCCAUUGUCUCUCAAAGUCAAUACGUCAUGCAUGUGAUGGGUGUACAGUCUGCGGUAUCAGCAGACAGUAACAAAACUUUGCAUGGGGCUAUUGGGGCCUAGCAUUGUGGAUAGCGGAUUACCAAAGGUUGCUGUUUGUUAUUAUAAUGUCCCCAACAUCAAGAUCUUACGUCUGUCACAUGCCAGCUAUGGUAAUGAUUGUGAACAAUUGUUCUGAGAAAUUUGUCACAAUUCUUGUCUUUGUAAACUGGGUUACAAUCAAGCAUUGGAUUACUCUGAGUUUGUGAGCAGUAUGGCCAAAGUACAGGGUCUGCUUGGCAUAGCACAACUUAUAGGAAGGGCAAUAUCUAUUUGUCUUGGUAUGUUGGCAAUACAUGUAUUAAGGUACAGGGUAUAAUAUAACAUUGUAAUUGUGGAGGAUUUAUAGCCCUACUUUCUAAAGCUGAGGUGGUUAUUCUCAAACAAGGCAAGUAAAUGUCCAAUUUCAUCAAUAGGAAAUCCCAAAUGGUGUGACACAUGGUUAGUUAAAUAGUUGUGAUUGGCAAGAGAAUAUAUGUACAAGUUUAAUUUAGUGUUUCAGAAUUGUCACCACGAUUGUAUGAAAAUGCUUCACUUGCUGCAUGACAAAAAGAUGUAGGAAGCUGGUGAUAUUUGUUAAACCAUUCCAUCCAGAUCAGCUGAACACGUUUAUGAUAUUUCCGCUGUGAAAAUAUUUUCUAUUAUGUACACAAAUAUCUGUAUAUUUAGGGAUGCUGAACAUUUGGUCAUUGUAAUUACACAGCAGAAGGAAAUGUCAUAUAUAAAUGGAUGUUUGAAUGGGAUGAUGGCAAAAUCAUUGAUUCCCAGUUAAAUCAAUGACACUGUGUUAAAUGUUGUACAUAUUUCAUGUAGUUUCUCCAUUAGGAUCAAGUGACUUUAUAAGUAUUGAUAUGCUUUAUGAAAGCUGUUGCCUUAAAUGAUGAACAAAAAUGCUUGUUGAUAACAGAAACGUGUCCAUCUUCAGUUCUGUAUAGCUUGAUUUUGUUAUUGACUUGUGAAAUGGAUAGAAAACACCUGCUGAUGAAAAAUAGUCAUGCUGGCUACAAAUGACACUAUGACAAAUUUAAUAUGUGUCAUUCAAACUGUCUAGCACAAAUUACAGCCUCCACAUCGUGGUUGAGGUUUCAUGACUACAGUGAAAUGGCGUGUGUGAUUAUGUGGAUUCCCACCUGUUGAGAGUUGGUUCCGUCAGUUUAUGUGCAAUGGCUGACUUCCAUUGUUGGCUUAAAUUGAACUGAUAGUAAAAAAAUACCUGGUAUAAACAUGAGAAAGUCACACAUUUUAAGUGACCGUGAUGAUCUACAGUUUCAUUGACUUUGAUAUUGGGGAUGGGGAAAUUGACUUUAAUUACAACUGUGUUGACUAAAUACAGAUGUUGCUUUUCUGUUUCAUUGAUGUUGCAUUUCAGGUAUUUAUUACUGACAUAUUGUCUGAAUUAUUUUGCUGUUUCUUUUGUUAUGAUGUUCAAUAAUUUCAUUUGUUUGCUCAAAUUGAAUACCAGCUGACUUCUAAACAUAUUAAAAGUUCCAAAUCUGUUAAAUUGCUCAUUUGUGUAAGUGCAGGUUGGCUGUAGAUCACUGGCGGAAGGCCUUGCACUAGUGUGUUCACAUUCCUAGUGUAUUACAAAUCAGACGUUUACUUCUGUUUACUGUGAACAUGAUAAACAUAGUUGGCCAUAAGGUGGCCCCGAUUUCUUCCCACUUGUAGUGUUGUAGUGGGCUGAUGGAAGUUAUGGUUUCUGUAAUAGUGAUCAGGUCCUUGUUGUUUAGAAUGGAGACAAGUCAUCAGGAUCAUGCUUGAAUUGGUUUAAUGGAACAAUGGAACACCAGCAUUAUAUAUUUUGUUAGAGCAUCAGGUAAACUUGUCAUUAUGAAAUAUCCGGGGAAAUGAAUGUUUUCUGUGUCAUGUGUCCUGCUUUAGUUUGUACAUGUUUGGCUUAUUAAACAAUGUCUUGUUUCUUGUGAACUAAGGUCUCAAUGGGUGUCUCAUGACAGGGUUGGGAGGGAGGACUUGAAUUCAUGUCCUCAGUAGGUUACAUAUUAAUAAAGGAAGCUUUAAUAUCAAUGUUCCACGUGGCCACGACCCUGCAGUUUCAUGUUUGAGAGUUCAGGCCCAAGGCCAUGUGACCAUUGCUAGAUUUACUUGCGAAUCUGACUCACUAUGAAUAGCUGGUACAAAAACUUCCAAUCUGAAACAAAAAGAAAUUUGGGUCAUCUGGAUAAUUUUGAGUAAUUUCUUGAGCAUGUUAGAGUGCUUAAAAAAAAUUUAGUGGGGGCUGCCCGGUGAUGAGAAAAAGGACAUUUAUUUGAACAAGCCAUUAUGGGUGUUGAUCAGGGAUCCAGAGUGGGCACAAGGUUCCUCCUAUAUCCUAGCCAGUAGCAGUUCCUAGUUCACCUUUACUGGGCUGAGUUUCCAGUCUGUUUUCUUUAUAGGACUAAACUUAUUGUACAUAUUUUGUUACUUCACAUCAGGUUUUGUUCAGGGGUUUCCAUGUAAACUAUCCAUGCUUAGUAUGUUUGUUUGUUUGUUUUCUAUUUAACGCCGCACUCAGCACUAUUCCAGCUAUAUGACGGCGCUUAGUACGUAUGCUUAAUAUAUCCAUGCUCUACUGUUUUGCUUAAACUCAUGCUAGGAGUUGAAUCCAGUGUUAAUAAUGCACUGGUAUAGAUCAGGCUUGGUUAGUAGUUAGAUGAGGCCAUGACAAAAAAUAAAUACUGUUUCUCAUCAUAAGUUUAUUUUCAAAAUGACAGGCCACCAGCCAUUGGCAUUUAGACAAGAACAUAUAACUCUUCUAUUCAAAUCAGAUGGUCUUGACAUUCCUAGAGCAAAUAUAACUUUCAAUCUGACAGCAAAGAAUUUUGAUUGCCCUUAACGAAAACCAUUCCUAUGGCAUGUUUGAAUUUUUUACCUGCAGUGAUGAGAAAUAUUUUUUGGAACAUCCAUGGGACUUGAUAAAGUUGUAUGUUAUGCACCCCAAUAUAUACUGUAGAUCCUUGCUAAGCUGGGCAUGGGCGGUGUCCAGCAGUCAGUCUACUGUAUGACAGGGCGGUGUUCAGCAGUCAGUUGAGUCAGUCUACUGUAUGACAGAGCAGUAGUUAUUUUAUACUUCCAGAACUGUAACCUUCGUAGAAACAUGUUAACCUAUUCUGGUUUUGAUGGAGACAUACAGCAUUUGGAGAUUUUCCUGCCAUCAAAAUUUUAGGACAUUCUUAUUUAUCAUUACCAAAUUUGAAAAAUAUCUUAGGAUGUUUUGAAUGACAAUCAGUCAGUGUCCUAGAAAAUCUGAAACCCUUACUUACAAUUUUCUUACAGUAUUUGUGAAAUGUAUUGCAAUUGUGAAGUUGCAACAAAAUAAGUUUGUAAAAGAUUCUGCCUUUACAUGGCUGAAUGUGUUCUGUGUAAUGUAAAUAACUGGCCAUUCAUUACAGGGUUAUUUGGUCUGAAGGCAAUCCGAUGGUUAUGCAUUCAUACAUACUUGCCAGGUUCAAGGGGUGGUUGUAAAUAAUAUUAUCAUACCUCCAUGUCAGAAUGAUGAGAUCGAAUUGGUUCAAAUGAUCUUCAUAAAAUACUAUGGAGGGAAUAAAUUUAUCAGCGGGAGAAUAAAUCCCUUAUAUCCCGCCACAAAGAAAACAGGCCACAUGUGGAUUUCUGCGUUUGGAGAAUAAAUGCUUUAUAUCCUGCUUUGAAGCUAAAGGUCACACACUUUCUUUUUCUCUCCCCCCUUUUUCGCACAUGCACAUUUAUUAUUUUUAAAUUCUUCACCCAUUUUGUUGGUUAUAAAUAUCAUGAUAUAUGUGAAUCUAAGUAAUGGUAUGUUUGAAAUUAAUUUCAGACAAACCUUUCUUAGUAGGUAGCUUCGUCAGGCCAUUUUCGCGUUCUUGUUCAUACUAUAUUGAUAAGUUCUGCACAGUUCUGUUUCAUUGUGAGAGCACAUUUUAUUGUAUAUGAGAGCACAUUUUAUUGUAUGUGAGGGCAAAGUUACGUUGUAUGUGAGAGGCACAUAAGCAUAAUUUUAAAGAUUAGCAGAUAAGUUUUAUUUAGAAUAUUUUUGAUAUGAGAAAAUAUGAAUCAUUAGAGAGUUUUAUAGAUGAUGAUUUCUGUGAUUAUAUGUUAGAAUAUUUCCAAUAGGCACUUUGUCUUUAUUUAGAAUUAUUUGGAGUUUAAGCUUUCAUGAUUCUUUGUUUAAGCAUUGAGGUAUUUUCACAGAAUUUGUGUCUUGAUAAAAGGCUUUACUUUUAAGACUAAGUGCUUAGAUAUAUUGUCCUUAAGUAAACUGUACAUGCAAGUUUUUGUUUCUCUUGGUUAUCAAGAUGCACACUGGUAGUAAGACAUACUGAGACACAACCCUUUACUCUGUAUAUAUUCUGUUGAUUCGACGGCCUCCUCAUAUUGUCACCUCACUGAGGUGUCUGUCAGUUCAUGGUUUGUCAUGGUGUUUCCUGUUGUGAGUAAUCACGAUGUUUUCUGUUUGAUUAAUCAUUGAUGUGUCGAUAUUCCAUUUUAUAAGACGACUCUGAUUUGCAAUAAUUUCAGAUAAACAUAUAUGUUGUUGAAAGUGUGUUUAAAUUGUGAUCAGUUCUAAAUUACUACUCAGGACAGACUAAUAUUUGAAAAAACCCACACAGUUGUGACAUUUUGAAAUGUCCACCGGUCACAGAGUAAACGAAAACAUUCAAAUUUAGAACCAAUUCUGAAAUAAGUCUUUUAGUUUAAAUGUUUAAUCAAAAUCUAUUUUCAUGAAGAAAUCUCCUACGAGAUGGAGACUGUUUGAGUCAGUAUUACAAGCAUUAGUUAUACAGCAAUCAUUCUACUAAUGGUCUGUGAGGCUGCUGGUACCUUGUCAUCAGAUGCAAUUCUAAUUCGGUUUUCCAAAUUAAACUCUGAAUUCAUAUUUUUUCCAAAUUGUUUCUGCUGCUGUAAACAUGGUAUAGCAAUUGAUUAUACCAUAAGAAUAAAGGAAAGUAAAAUUGGACUCAUUGUAAGUCUCUCUUUGUUUAAUUACCUCGUUUAAUCCUUCAUAACAUGAACAGUUUUUAAAAGGAAGGUUAAAAAAAGAGAGAACAAAUUAUGAUGAAAGAACACAAUGAUCUUAAAUUUUAGUUUGGUAGAAAAAAAAAGAGUUCCUUGUUCAUAUCUCAAUGACUUUGAUAACCCAUCAGUUGUUCUCUGUGAACAAAAAAAGGCUGUGUUUUGCUGUGAGUUAACCAAAUCAUGUCUGUAUUAAUUGUGACAAUAACAGCAACUUGCACGAUGAGCGACUCAGCCAUAGAUGAUUUAGAGUAAUGCAUGCCCCCUCUGAACUGAAUUGGCUGAGUGUUUCUUGUGAAUGUUUGGCUUCUGUGAAUACCAGUUUUUAUAAUCACAUCUGUAAAUCGCACAUGAAAAUCAGUCAUUUUGUAUUGCAGAACACAGUUUACAUAUUUUCUUGAAAAAAAGCCAGCAACAGCGAAUAGCUGUUUGGCCAACUGUUUUUAGGUAUGUAACAGUUACUUGAACCUCUCGUUCUUGAUUAGUUACUGUUUUUAACUUCACUGGCAGAGAAGAAUAAACUUGUAUGUUUGAUCUGUAGGAACAUCUAUGUAUGUCUAAACAUACAACCUGGGCACCAACAACUUGUUGUAGGACAUGAACGCCUGUGACAAACAUUGGAGCUGUGGGCGAUUAGAAGCAGCUGAUGUUGGGAGCCAGAAUUAGAGGGAAUGUAAUAUACAUUGUAUUCAGUUUAAUUACACAGAUAUCAUAUCAAUGUUUUCACAAUUAUGGGAAUGAGUUUUGUCAGGCUCUAAUGUCUGUGGCCAUGCUAGAUGUGGAAUGAAUGUCGUACCUAAUUAAGCUCAAAUCCAUGUUAAAGUACUCACGGAAAUGAAAAAACCUGUUUUUCUCAAUUUAAAAAUCGACACAAAGUGUUACAUAGCUGUAAAUACGAAAUACCAAAACAACCCGAAAAGUACUAGUCUGGAUUUGCUAGUUUGAUCUCAGUGAACAAUACAAAAUGUACUUUACAGGAGGUAAUUUGUCGGCACUUUCAACAUUCAAAAAUAAAACUAAGUCCAAAUUGACAGCAGAAACAGACUAUAGGCAUUAUGCACCUGUUCUCACCUGUCGUCAAGGUGUCAUAGGUCACCUUGAUCUACUUACACCUGGUUAUGCCCUGUUUCACAAUAGUCUGUUUUAUUCACAUUUAUACACUCUUACAUGUAAAAAGGCAUAAAAACAUUUGAUACGCUGUAUUUGUGCCACAGCCUAAUUAGUACUAGUUUAGUUGUUUGAAUAUUUACAUAUUUUGUAUAUUAACUGCAUUUAUUUAAGAUUGGAGGUCGAAAAAACUUUUUUUUUCAUUUCCGUGAGUACUUUAGUACUACACUUCAAUGUAUUAACACAAUUUGUGGGGAUAAAUUUGCAUUGUACAGGUUUUCUCUCAAUAAAGCUAUUGUUUACUUUC